AUGUUCAGACCAAUUCCAACGGAAUGCCUUCAAGAAAUUUUUGAGCACUUACAAGACGACGAAUGUACUUUAUUCUCUAUCCUACAAGUUAACCGCUUUUGGUGUAAAAAUGUGGUUUCCAUUUUAUGGCGUAAACCUUUCGAACUUUGUUCAAAAAGGGGUGGCUCACCAAAGCUUGUUGAAACCUUUGUUUCUUGUAUGGAUAUCGAAGCAAAGACCCGUUUAAAACGGGAUUGUAAAUUAUUAUUAAAGAAAAAAUUAACACGACGUCCACCAAGUUUCAACUAUGCGUCGUAUUUACGUAAACUUACAACGGGAGAUUUGUGGGAACAAGUUUGGCGCUGGGUCAGUUAUAAAACAAGCUGUGAUAAUCGACCAUAUGGAAGGAACUCAAGUCCAGAUCAAAAAAUGAUCGCAUGUGUAAUCAAAGAAUUGGGAUUACUUUUUAAUAAAAGUUGCCCAACAUUUGAUCGAUUAAUAUUUAAUACAGAUCAUGAUGAAUUGAUCGGAUUUUAUCUUUUAUGCUGUUUACCUCAUAUACGCGAAUUCAAUUAUUCCGGAUGGGGUAAUAAAGAAAGAAAUUUAGAUACAGCAUCAAGAUCACGAAAUUGUCGCAAUAUAAAAAAAUUGGUGAUUGAGAAGAUAUCAACAGAACCAAAACAAAUUGGCCGGGGCCUCAAGUAUGGAGGAAUUGGUAGGAUUGAACGAAAUGAAAGAUUCAACACGCGUCGUCAUUUUACAUCAUUAUUUAAUGAUGUGAUAUCAUCAUACGCAAUCCUUAUCGAUGGAUUAGAGUACGAUCCAUUUUACGGAAGAAUAACACCAUCUUCACCUAGAGAACGUGUGGAUAAACAGACGCCAAGGUCCGAGCGAGAGUUGCUUUCAAAUCUUAUUAAAGUUCAACACAGACUAGAGCAUAUUUCAAUAUUUUUUAGUGAUUUAAAUAUUGAUUUCAUUUCAUCUCUUGAGACUCAAUCAAGAACAUUAUCGUAUUUGGAAUUUGAUACAAUAUACUUCGAGAGUGGUGUAACAUUAGAAUCAUUAAGUGUUUGUGAAAAUCUAGAAACACUUUAUAUAACUUCAUGUACGUGGAACAAUAGUUCCGGUAACAGUAAUAUUAUACAACAGCAAAAUUCUCAAGAAAUUUUCAAGUUUCGAGAAUUGACAACAUACAACCACGUCAUAUUUCCAAAUCUUAAAACCUUAAGCAUUCGAGGGUCUAGGAUACCAAAUGAUGAUUUGAGACCAAUAAUCAAAGGUGCAGGAACGUCACUUCAAUAUAUCUGCCUAAACUGUCAGCAAGAUAUUGAUCUUCCUCUCUUAGAUGCUAUAAUAGAUAAUUGUACCAACAUUCGAACUCUUGAAUUAUUCUUGGAGCGCAAAGAUCUUCUUGAAUGUUUCACAACUUUAAAUAAUUCUUGUGAUGCAAAGUGUUCUUUGAACAGCAAUUCUUGUAAUCUGAAAAAAUUACAAAUAUAUGGUGGGUAUUGGGAUUCGCGCGGAAGCGUUAAUGGUGUAGGGUAUAGUGGUGUUGACAUUGCUAACGCUUAUUUACCGCAAAUCGGGAGAUUGGUUCCAAGGUCUUUAAGAUGGUUGACAUUUCCAAAGUGUUGGAGUUUUAGCGUUACGGCCGUUGAGAUGUUUUUAAAAAAUUGUAAAGUUCCAUUACAAUUGGAAUUACAAUAUGAAUGGGCUGGUGGGAAGAGCUGCAUGAGCGUUAUGAGAUAA